AUGGCGACAGAAGAGACCUCCCUUCUUCAGGGCAACAACAACGACGCUGGAAGAAGAGCACCAAGCAAUGACGAGCAACAAGGGUCUUCCAUCUUUGCGGCAGCCAUGAACUUUGCCAAUUCGAUUGUUGGAGCAGGAUGCAUUGGCCUGGGAAGUGCGAUUGCACGAUCGGGUGGAUUGGCUGCCAUUUUCGCCAUCAUCUUCUUGGCCAUUCUGACCAAGUUUUCGUUUGAUCUCGUCAUUGAGCUAUCCAUUGAAACGGGGGGUUCCUAUGAACAACUUGGAUCCUACACGUACGGAACUGGAGGACGAAUCUUGGUCAUGAUAUCCAAGUUCCUCUUUGCCUAUGGCUGUAUGGUGGCCUACAUCAAGAUUGUAAAAGACAACUUUCCCUCCGCCAUGCUGGAUAUGACAGGUUGGGCACUCUGGGAGCCAAACCAUGCCAAUUGGGUCACGAUUUGUUUGAGUGCCAUGGUCAUGUUGCCCUUGUCUCUGCUUCGGGACAUGACACCUCUGGAACGUGUUUCCAUUGUCAAAUUUGCCACGCUCUUGGCCAUGUUAUGUACCAUUUUCUACUUGUACCCAGCCAAUCACAUUAGUAGUGUCGACCAACAACACGGCAUGUGGGUCGACCACUGGUUCGUCGUGCAGCCAGGCAUUGUUGCCGGCCUCGGGACUCUUGUCUUUACCUUUGUGGCACAGCACACGGUCAACUUGGUUUUUGAUUCGCUGCGUCCCAAUCUACAAAACAUGGUGCAUUGGAAAGUCGUCUCCACCUGGUCCGUGAUUCUGGCAGCCACCUUCUCGAGCGCCAUUGGGCUGGCAAUCUACGUGACAUUCUGGGAUCGAUCUUCCAGCAAUAUCUUUGUGCUCUAUGCACCAUCUCUGCCCUUGUCCAUCACCAAGCUGUUGCUGAGUUGCAUGAUUAUGCUGACCUACCCCAUGCCCUUUUUGAGUUGCCGGGAAUUGCUGAUUCUGUCCAUACCACAACAAUCAGCAGCAGCAGGAGGAGCAGAACAACCUUGGUGGCUGUUGGAACCCAAGCAAUUGAUUCCACCGCUUCACGUCUUGCUGACUGUGUGUCUAUGGGCAUCUUCGGCCAUUUUGGCAGUCUUGGUGCCGUCCUUGGCGGAUGUGUUGGACCUGACAGGAUGUGUAGCCGGUACCGCCAUUGCAUUUGUACUUCCGGCCAUGUUUUCUUUCAAACUACAUGGCUACAACCAUCUUGCGGCCUUUAUCUUGCUCGUAGGAGGCACCAUUGGACUGGUUGGGACAGUUCAGAGUCUCCGCAAACUGAUUCAAGACGUGUAACCAGACCGGUAAGGAGUGAAGUGCCUGAGGAAGUGCAGGAGCCCCUGUGUGCUCUGGUCAAGUACGCAUUCGGCAGUUCGGGUGCCAUCCUCGGGAUGAGCUCGGCAACGAAGGACUGCACCCACCUGGCAAUGAAUCCAUAAUUAUCAUGGGAACAAGUUUGAUGCAGAGUGACGCCACCCAGCUUGAUGCAGAGUGACGCCCACCCAGCGAGAGGCUGGUUACGCGAUUCUGGGAAGAUUCCACCAUCCGGUCUUCUCCACUGCUGUUUUGUGGGGAUUUGACUCGCUUCCCGCACAGUGUCAAGGCUGCAAAGAAAUGAAUGGUGAAAUACGCACAAAUGGGAUCACUUUAAACGUCGCAACUGUUUAUCUUUUACUUUGAAUGGCUGCUACAAUAGUCAGAUUUCGCGACCAACUGCCUAGCUAAGGUAGAAGAACUUUUCGACAACGUCUGCAUGGUGGGUGAACAAGGCAGCAGCAAUGCAGAGGAGCUGCGGUCCAGGUUGAUUGAACGUGAGCUCAAACGCUUCCACGUAGUAGGGGACUUUGAACUGACCAUUCUCAGCAUCUACAACAAGCCUUCGUGGACCAUUUUGCUUGUUGGAACGUUCCUUUUUUUGGAUGGUUCCAAUGAAUGGCUCUCCCGAGGGACCCAAGGAUGAAGCUACAGCCAAUUGGACAGCAAAGGUUGUGGCCAUGUCAUUGCCUACCAAGUCACCGGUAAAGAUGUGGCUGGCAUUGGCAACCGUAACAGCGACCCAGGACAGGGAAAUCACAUGGGCAACCUUUUGAAUCCAAUGGGGUGGGUAUUCAAAAUUGAGCUCAUCAAACACAGGCAUAGGAUCCCAUGGAGCUUUGUAGACAAUCAGGUCUUCCAAAAGUUUUAAUCCGGCGAGUGCCAGUGCGAUGUCGGUAACUUGCAUGGCCAUGGAAGGCAUGGCAUCCCCCAAAAGAUGCGCUGCAGCAAUCACUGCAAGGACGGCUCCAUAAAGCAUUGAGUUCUGCAUAGUUAUAGCAUACAAUGGGUGUUUCUUUUCUGGAGCCAUCUUCUGGGUAGCAGUGGUCACAGAGGUCACAACAGUUCCCAACAGCACUGCUGACAGAGCAAUGCCGUUGGGGCUGGACAAUGACAUGUCAGAGAAUGUCGACCAGUCAUCCCAGAAGAACUCACGGGCCAAAGAGGACCAGAGCAAUGCACUGCCACCUGCAUACCAGACUGCUCCCCCAAUUGCAUGAAGCCGUGUAGAGUCAAGCAAUUGGAGGCGCAGAUACUGGUACCCCUUCCAAUGGUAGAAGCUCCUCCCGAAGCCCUUCUGGCAAGUACCGGUACUCGGUUAUUCUUGUGGUCUCGGAUUCGAAUUCAGCUGGUUCUCCAAUUCUGGUAACUUGCCAUGUACGAGGACCACGGUUGGUACCAGACAAUGAUGGCUGGAAUCCAAAGGACAAGGAAACAGCAGUGGAAAGAGAGAGUGUAAGAGGCAGUGCAAGCUUCAUUUUGGUGUUUAUGUAUGUAAUCUGUUUUUAGUUAG